AUGGUCAAACUUGCCAAGGAUUUUUUAACAUGUAAGAGUACUCCAGUACGUCAGCACCUUAGUUACUACUGCCUUACCGCUCGACCACGCUCUACCAAACUACAAAUGUCCAUAAUACCUUGCGUGAUCGUGAAUGCUGUGAAAGAAGUUCUCAUAACUGUGAUUCAAGAAACGCCCAAUAUCAUCAGAGCCUUCAAGGAGAAAGGCGGAAAGGAGAUGGAAGAGGAACACGAGAAACUUGCACAGGACAUGUGCGCCCUUCGGAAGGAACAAGAGCGGACUUCAGAGACCAUCAAUGCCCUUGUUGAGAGCCAAGAAAAAUUGAACAAAACCCUCGAGCUGCUGAUAAGACUGCUGACAGCGCUAGAUAGCCUGCCGUCAGGGACUUCGCGAGACCUGCGAGAGAGCAUUCGCGACGUCUUGGGUCAAGGAGGCCUCCGCCAGGACUCAGGCGCGCGUGUGCACGAGGGAAAUGUUUAUUCAUCAGAUCAGCAUAAUGAGAACAGCUCUGAAAACCAGGCUCCCUCAGGGCUAACCUGUGCAGUCUGCAGGUCGACCUACAACGCGCACGAUCGUCGUCCGCUUAUCUUCUCCAGCUGCGGCCACACCUUCUGCGAGGAAUGCCUUAGGACGGAGAACCGCAAGAGUGUGUUCCAGUGCCCUUCUUGCCGGCAGGACCGCGACCAGUUCUGGACGCUGAAGCCUAACUUCGCGCUGCUCGACCUGCUCGAAGCGGAGAUCAGGGACGACGAAGACGACGAAGACGACCUCAAGAAGGGUCUCCGCAUGGACGACGACGACCUGCUCUCCCUCGCCCUCCACAUGUCCGCACAGGAGGCCGAGAACAAGGAGUACAGGCGUCAGGUCGCCGCCUUACUCGCGCGAGAGCCCGCUGGGGCCGGCGACGUCCCCGGAGCGGAGGGCGGCUGGCAGGAGGAGGCAGAGGGGCGUCCGGGGAAGGAGGAAGCUUACUGCCAUGAGGAACUUGAAGGUCUUGAUGGGAAAAAGCUCCGCCUUGAGAAGGAGGAGGCUGAAGGAGAGAGGAAAACAUGCUUCUGGUUGGAGGAGGAAGAAGAACUGCAACUGGCCAUGGCUAUGUCACUAUCUCUCCAGACAAGCGAGUAAGAGGCAGCAGAUUAUUAUGAUACAGAGUAAACGCGCUGCAGCAUCAUGAAGGAGAAUUGAAGCCCUAAACACAAACACACACAAUGUUUGUGGAAACCUCACGUUGGCAGUGUGAUUAUGCGGUAUCCGUGAAUUGUGGUCACCUACAUUUAUAUAAGAAGUACAGCUUAUUAAGUGAUUAUGUAUAGUUUAUUAUUGUAUAAUAUUCAUGGGAAAUAUUAUGCAGGCACAUCACAUUUAUUUACUCAGUUGAUUUUCAAAGAAUCUAAAUGGA